UUAUUAUUUUUACCUGAACCUGUGUCUGUGCUCAGUGUUCUCAUUGUAGACACAUUGUUUUUGUAACGGGACUUCAUUUUCACAGUGGCUACGGUUCCUUUAAAUCCUUGGCCCCGCCUCCUUUUACUGGCAACGUCAUCAUAAACAAACAAACAUGGCGUCGCUCGACGCCGGUGUCCUUUUGCUAGUCGUAUUUUCGUUAAUAACUGCGCUUUUAGCCCUGUUUUUGCCGCCGCAGAUAGAUGUGAGUUGGCCGUUGUUGUGUUUCAUGCUACUGUUGCUGCUACUGACGCUGGGUUGGCGCAGUUUACGGAGAAAGAACGGAGGAAAUGAGCGGCGGGUGUGCGUUCUGGUGCUGGGAGACGUGGGCCGCAGUCCACGGAUGCAGUACCACAGCAUAUCCCUGAGCAAACACGGAUUUACCGUCACCCUGGUUGGAUUUUUAGACUCCAAACCUCAUUUCGACGUGCUGAGAGCUGAAAACAUCAGGAUAGUUCCCAUCACUGAGGUGAAAGGUUUCAGAGGAGGACCAAAGCUACUGACAUAUGUGACCAAGGUGCUACUGCAGUGUCUGCAGCUUCUGUCUCUGCUACUAAACAUGGAGCUGCAGGACUACCUUUUGCUGCAGAACCCUCCUGGUCUUCCCAGCAUGGCUGUGGCCUGGUUGGUGUGCCUCUUGCGGGGCAGUAAACUCAUCAUUGACUGGCACAACUACGGCUACACCAUCAUGGCUCUGAGUCACAGACAGGGACACCUGCUGGUCCGGGUGGCUGAGUGGUACGAGCGUUUCUUUGGUCCUCUGGCUGAUCAUCAUCUUUGUGUCACCAACGCCAUGAAGGAAGACUUGAAGACCAACUGGGGCAUUAGCGCCACCACUCUGUACGACAGACCGGCCUCCAUCUUCAGAGAAACCUCAGUGGAGCAGCGACACAUGCUCUUCAUGAAACUGGCUGAGACUCACCCACAGUUUCAGCUCGAGGGGUGCGAGGAAUCUGAAACAGAGAGGACAGUCUUCUCUGAGCGUGACCAGCUCCAUGACUGUGUGAGCCUGAGGCCCGGUCGUCCGGCUCUGCUCAUCAGCAGCACCAGCUGGACAGAAGAUGAAGACUUCUCCAUCCUGCUGAGAGCUCUGGAGGAGUAUGAAGGUUUCAUCAGAGGAGGAGCAGAGCUGUUACCGUCGCUGGUCUGUGUCAUCACAGGUAAAGGUCCUCAGAAGGAACACUACAGGACGCUGAUCGACUCUCUGUGUUUGGAGCACGUGAAGAUCUGCACUCCGUGGCUGGAGCCGGAGGACUAUCCUGUUCUACUAGGGGCAGCAGACCUAGGAGUCUGUCUCCAUAAGUCGUCCAGCGGUUUGGAUCUCCCCAUGAAGGUUGUGGACAUGUUCGGCUGCUGUCUGCCUGUCUGUGCAGUCCACUUCAACUGUUUAGAGGAGCUGGUGAAGCCUGAGAAGAACGGUCUGAUCUUCAGAGACUCUGAGGAACUGGCUCAGCAGCUGCAGUCUCUACUCUCCGGGUUUCCUGCUACAGAAGGACGACUGGAUUUGUUCAGGAGGAACCUCCGCUCCAACAGGGGGCAACGCUGGGACGACAACUGGGAUCAGAAUGUUCUGCCUCUUAUUGCUGUUCCCAGAUAACCCUCACCCCCUGCCUCCCCCGGUCCCAUAACAGUUUCUUACCGAGAUGCUGCUUAAAUCCAUGGUGCGUCUCCAAGUUCCUGAUGGUGGAGCAGAUGAAAACCUCUGGACCUGAGCUCCUGAUGACCUUUGACACUAGUGUCACCAGAUUUCUUGCUACUUCGGGGUCAUAUGUCACAUCUGGAACGACCAGAAUAUCAUUCUCAUCUGUUUUUUUCAUUCAUUCGUUGAUGACAUUUCUUUGUGGAACUAAUAUCUGGGCCUCACAGUGGUGAACUGAAACAGUUUCAGACUGAA